AUGACUUCACUACUCCUGGUCUUCCUGUUCCUGGGGCUGGCCACAGUGACCACUACCAGAGCUGACAGUCAGUGUCCAGCAUGUGAGGGGCAUACCUUGGACCUGAGGAGCCAACGGGAGCUGCUUCUUGACCUUGCUAAGAAAAGCAUCUUGGACAAGUUGCACCUCAGCCAGCGCCCAACUCUGACCCGACCCGUGUCCAGAGCUGCUCUGAGGACGGCACUGCAGUGCCUCCAUGGGCCCCUACAGGGGGCACUUCCAGAGGCUAACAGGGCACAGGAAUAUGAGAUCAUCAGCUUUGCUGAGACAGGACUUUCCACCAUCAACCAGACUCGUCUUAAUUUCCACUUCUCCUCUGAUCGAACUGCUGGUGUCAUUGAAGUCCAGCAGGCCAGCCUCAUGUUCUUUGUUCAGCUCCUUCCCAAUGCUACUGGAACUUUGAAGGUGAAGGUCCUUGUGCCAGGCCGACAUAACACCAACCUCACUUUGGCCACUCAGCGCCUAUUGGAGGUAGAGUCUAGUGGCUGGUACCAACUCCUCCUAGGACCUGAAGUUCAGAUUGCCUGCAGCCAGGGGCGCCUGACCUUGGAGCUGGUGCCUGAAAGGCAGACAGCCCAGAGUUCAGUGGUCCUGGAUGGGACUGCCCAUAGGCCUUUUGUGAAGGCCCGAGUGAAAGUUGGGGGCAAACACCGGGUUCGCCGCCGAGGCAUCAACUGCCAGAGUGGGUCCAGGAUGUGCUGUCGACAAGAGUUCUUUGUGGACUUCCGUGAGAUUGGCUGGCACGACUGGAUCAUCCAGCCUGAGGGCUAUGCAAUGAACUUCUGCACUGGGCAGUGCCCACUGCAUGUGGCAGGCAUGCCUGGCAUUGCUGCCUCCUUUCACACCGCAGUGCUCAAUCUACUCAAAGCCAAUACAGCUGCAGGCACUGCUGGAGGGGGCUCCUGUUGUGUGCCCACUGCCCGACGCCCACUGUCUCUGCUCUACUAUGACAGGGACAGCAAUAUUGUCAAGACUGACAUACCCGACAUGGUAGUAGAAGCCUGUGGGUGCAGUUAA